AUUUGCGCUGUGCUGUGAGCUGGUGGCUUGCGCGCGAGGGAAUCUACCUUACAGGUGUGUUGUGGCGAGGAAGCGCUUUCCUAUUGACUUUAGGUAAAGGUAUUCUCGCUAUGGCUGCAGAAGAGCUCGAUAAAAUCAGUAUCAUUACAGAACUGUCAAACCAAGCUCUGCAGGAGUAUGAGGGUCUGCAGAGGAAGCAUGAGACAGCAACCAUGGAGUGCAAAAGACUGGAGGAGGAGAGAGAUGAGGCCAUCAAGGAGCUCAGCAAGUUCCAGCAAGUUUCUCAGAUGGUCAUUGAAGAAGUCAGUGCCAUUCAGGAGAACCUGGAGAUCGAGAGGGCGUGUAGAGAAAGUGCUGAAGCUCUGGCCUGCAAGCUGAACCGUCAGAACCGCUCUUUGAAGAGGAAAAGCUUGAUGCUGCUGUCUCACCUGAGCCCAGACACCAUCACCGAGAUCAAUCUUGACGAUGAUGACGAGGAGGAGGCUGAAGACCUACAUGCGGUCAGCAAGGACUGCUGCUCCCCCAUGUGCCAGACCAUCCUCUCAGACCUGCAAAGUAAUUUGGAGUUAACGCUGAAGGAGAAAACUGAAGCAGUCACCCAUCUUGAGGCAGUAAGAGAACAACUGAGGGAAAUGAGAGAAGAACUGCUGAAAGAGAAACAUGACAACACUGUUUUAACUGCUGAGAUCGUGGCUCAAAAGAAGCUCCUUGGGAAAUAUAACAGAGUGUCUCAGUUUGCUUUGGAGGAAUUUGAGGUCUUACAGGACACCUUGAACCUGGAGAGGGACCUGAGGACAGAGGCAGAGAACUUUGCCAGAGUGAUGGUGGUUGAGCAAAAACAGCUGAAGAGACAGAGUCACAUCUUGAUGCAAAGCUCCUCACCUAGUCAAGCUCUACAGGAAGCCCUGAGCGAGGUCGCCAGGCUCACCAAGGAUCUCGAGACCCAGAGCCUGGAGUACCAGAACCAGAUGAAGCAGAUGGAGGACAGACUGAGGAGCUGUGAGGCUCAGAGGGAGCUGACGGCAUUGAGGCGAAAACUGGAGCUUGUGGAGGAGGAGAAAAGGGAUUACAGUGACAAAUGCUGUAAGGCUGAAGUGGAGGUCAAGGAUCUACGGUUUACAGUUGAGGAGCUAAAGAAGAAGCUGCAGGCAUUUACCAACCCACCCCCAGCUGCUGCAGCUCCACCUCCACCACCCCCACCGCCACCUCCUCCUCCUCAGACCUCCAACCCGCUCAGUUCGCUGUUGUCAUUGAUCCGAAAGAGAAGAGACAUUAGUACUGACAUCCCACUGGUGGUCCAGCACUCUGCCGAGACAACAGAGGUGGACAUCAAGCAGCAGGCAGUGGAGGAAAUGAUGCAAAGGAUCAAGAAAGGUGUUCAACUUCGACCUGUUGGCCAGUCACCCAAUAGAACCAUGAGAAAGCAGAUGGAGACGCUGCCCUCUAAUUCUGCUUUUCAAGAACUUAAAGGAAUCAUGGAGAAUUUCAAUAAAACCUCCCCCAAACCAAAGGCAGUGUCUACACCAACAAAUGAUGAUGAGGAGCUGAGGAGGAUUCUGCUGAGACGGCGGGAUGCUCUGGAGUCCCAAUAGAAGGCAGUCUCCAUCCCACCUACUCCCCAGCAGUGUGAAGGUUGUUUACUCCUAUACAGACUGGAUGUGCUCGAUGGAAAAGUGGAAUCAUGCAAAAUCAAUAUCUAACAUUUAAUUUUACUGAAUGAAAACACAAUGCAUUUAAAAUAAUCAUUUGACUAUAUUCUAAGGAAUCAGUAAUAAAGUCACGUGGGUCCAGAGUGGAUUUCCACCCCAGCAGACGUCCUGGUGGUGAGCCUAGUCAGAGGUAACGUAGCAUGCAAGACUGUGUCGGUGAUUUUACACUGAGGCGAUUUAAUUUCAGUAAAAUGAAAUAAGUAAAACUCACAUCAUCUUUUCAGGGUUCAUUCAGCUCUUUUUCUGAGGCUGAAGGUUAAACCUAAUUUGUUGUUUGCGCUGCAGUGAACAGUGGAGCGGGUUUUGUAACCUUGAGCUUUUGCCAAAGCAUGGUAUGUCUCUCGAUUGUUCUGUCGAGGCCAGUGUUAACCUUGUAGCCUCCCAGUGAAAUUACAGGCCACUGUGGCAGAAAUUACCCGUCUUUGCACAGAGAUCCCACAAUACUACUGCAAAUACUGCUGGCUUUAAUGUUUUUGCACUGAAACAUGUGAUUCUUCUAUAUCAUGCCAGCAUUCCUAAAGCAAAAGAGGUUUGAUGGGUUUAACACAUAGGGCUGCCACUAACAAUUAUUUUCAUAUUUAUCAGUUUAUCUGUUGAUCAUUUUCUCGAUUAAGUUAUUAAUCAUUUAUUCUAUAAAAU